CUCUAGCUAAAAAGAAAGAAAACUAUUUUGAGAAAAUUGAAAAAGAAAAAAAAAAAAAAAGAAAGGAAAAGAAUAGUACGAAUCUACUAAUUUAUUUGACUGACCUUCCAAUAUUGAAGCUUGAAAGGCAAUUGUUACAAAAUUAGUCAAAAGUCAAAAUAAAAGAUACAUCACCCGAAAGUUUCUCUCAUCCUCACAAUCACAAUAUUGCAUCCACUCACAAUCUCAUCAACCUGCGAGACUCAAUGUCCUCUCUUCAUCAGAUUUUGUUCUAUGAAAUCUCCAAAACCAAGAUUCCCCUUAGGAAAACCAAAACAAAGCAAGAUAAAGAAAAACCUUUUUUGUUUUUUAUUUAUAUAAAGACAGGAUGGUCUUUGGGAGCUUCACCUCAUCCCAUGUAGUUGUCGUACUCCUUGGCCUCCUGUCCCUCCUCCAACCCCUCACCUCUAUCCGCCUCGGCCUUGUCCGCCUUCCCUCACCUGACCUCCCUGUUUUUCGAGAAGCACCCGCCUUCCGAAACGGCAAGGAAUGUGGCUCCAAUGAAUCUGAUCGUAUAAAUGUUGCCAUGACCCUUGAUGUCAAUUACCUUCGUGGAACCAUGGCUGCAGUUUUAUCCAUGUUACAACAUUCAACCUGUCCUGAAAAUCUUUCCUUUUACUUCCUCUCUGCUCAUGAUGCUCCUGAACUAUUCUCCAGCAUAAAAUCCACCUUCCCUUAUCUAAACAUGACAAUUUAUCCCUUCAAUUCGAACCGCGUUCGCGGUAAGAUAUCAAAGUCCAUUAGACAAGCCUUGGAUCAACCUUUGAAUUAUGCAAGGAUAUAUCUUGCAGAUACAAUACCAGAGAAUGUACAACGUGUGAUAUAUUUAGAUUCUGACCUUGUUGUUGUCGAUGAUAUAGCUAAACUUUGGGGUGUAGACAUGGAAGGGAAAAUAGUAGCUGCUCCUGAAUAUUGCCAUGCAAAUUUCACAUUGUAUUUCACAAAACAGUUUUGGUCUGACCCUGUUCUGUCAAAGACAUUUGAGGGAAGAAAGCCUUGUUAUUUCAACACAGGGGUUAUGGUGAUGGAUGUGAAUAAAUGGAGGAAAGAAAAGUAUACAGAGAAAGUGGAGGAAUGGAUGGAUGUGCAGAAACAACAUAAGAGGAUAUAUCAUUUGGGUUCUCUUCCACCAUUUUUGUUGGUUUUGGCAGGGAAUAUUAAAGCAGUUGAUCAUAGAUGGAACCAACAUGGUUUAGGUGGAGAUAACCUUGAAGGUAAAUGUAGAAGCUUACACCCUGGUCCUAUUAGUUUAUUGCAUUGGAGUGGAAAGGGUAAACCAUGGUUAAGGUUAGAUUCUAGAAAGCCAUGCAUCGUGGACCAUCUAUGGGCUCCUUAUGAUCUCUAUCGAUCCUCCAGACACUUUUUUGAAGAAUAAUUAAAGAGGUCAUUAAAAACAUUAAGGAAUUAAUGUGAAUGUAAAUUGAUCUUCUAUCAGUGCGGCAGCUGAAAGACCCCCUUAGUUUAAAGAGAAAUUUUUUAUCACUAAUCUAACGGUCUGUACACUGCAGUUACAUAUUUUCAUUUUUUUAAUGAGAAGGGGUUGUUGGAUAUUUCCAGUUUUCUAACUCAAAUUUGGCUGACGGGAAAGGAACUAAAUCUCCAAAAGCUUGCAGCUUGAUGGGCAGCAACAUUGGAGUUGUAAAUUCUCUCUUUUUUUUUUUUUGUCCCUUUCUCUAUCUUUAGUAUUUUUUGGUUUCAUAGUGAUUGUAAAAGCAUAAACAAUAUGCAAGUUAGGCUGAUUAGUCUAACACUAAAAAAUUGUUAUUAUCUGGGUCAGUGCUAAUAGCUUCAGCUUUUCACAAAAUGCGCCCAAUUUUGGUCUUGUAAAUAAAUAUUAUCACAUUUCUA